AUGUCAAUUGAUUUACCACUUACUUCUACUGAAGACUCUUAUGAGUCAAGUAUUGAAGGGAUUCUUUAUAAUCCAACACCUACAAAAACAGAUUCAGCAGGUAUUUCAGAAGAAUAUGCAUUACAUGGUUGGGGGAAUGAUUCUUCUUCUACAGAUUUUUUAUUAUAUGAUUCACAAGGUUCUUCAUUUUUUGAUGAAGUUAUUUUACCACAAGAAGAGAGUACAAAUAAUGACCAUAUUAACAAAGACCAAAAUAGAAUAAUACAAAGUCUUGAUAGUAAAAACGUUCAAGAAGAAAAAGUUCUAAAAGAUACUGAAGAAUGGGUAAAUACAAAACAACUAACUGAUAAAAGAAAAGACAAACUUGCACGUAUAACUGGAAGAAGAAAUAGUUUAGAAAAAAUUUCACCUUUUCUUUAUGCUAAUUCUCCAGAAGAAGCAAAAAGAAAUGCUAAAAUGGUUUUUAGUAGUGAUGUUUUAAAACAAAAACUUGGAGAACGUGCUUUACCUGGUGAUAUAUCUUGUAUUAAUAGUGAAAGUAUUAAAGGAGCAAGAGUUACUCAUGGAACAAAUAAACCACCAAAAGAAAAAAUGGAAAAAAUAACAAAAAUACUUGGAAGAAGAGAGUCUAUUGGAAGUAUUGCUGAUCUCCUUACAGCUAAAACUGAAUCAGAUGCAAUAGAAAAUGGACUUAAAAUUAGAAAAAUGGAAAAAUUAAAAAAAAUGGCUGGAUUGUGA